UUUCUGGCAUUUAUACUUCCACGGUUCCACCCCACAUGGCCAAACCUUUAAGAAAACUCAACCCUUUUUUCUUUUCUGUGUAUUCUUGAUCAGUUAGAAGCCUAAGACUUCAAGUUGUCUGAAAUACUAUAUCCAUUGUCUUUCAAAUUUCAAGCACUAGACCCGAGAGAGUGAGAGAGAAUAGAAGAAAGUUGCUGUUGUUCUGCGAUUUCAAGGAAUUGGAAAUGGUGAAGGAGACUAAAUUAUAAGGUGCUUAGAAUAGUGGUUCUUCUGUGAUGAGUGGAGUUCCAAGUCUGGUUUUGUUCCGUUUCUCAUGGAAGAAGAAGACAACCUCAAUGCCAACAAACAGACACACGCAUGGUUCUGAAUAGUACGCAUGGUUCUGAAUAGAAACAAGCCAAAGAAAUUUCUCAACCAUGGAUUUUAGCCUGUGUUUCAGCUCUCCAAUCAUUUCCCUUCUUGUACAUUUACUCGUUCUUUUUGCUUCUCUAGUUUGUCCUGUCCAUUCCUCUCAGUCUCAGAUUUUCAAUCAGACUUUUCACCCCCAGAAAGAGCUUCUAAAACUCAACAUCAUAAGAACUCGUCUCCACCAGAUUAACAAGCCUUAUGUUAAAACAAUUCAGAGUCCUGAUGGUGAUAUAAUAGACUGUGUCGUGUCUCAUCAGCAACCAGCUUUUGAUCAUCCUUUUCUCAAAGGGCAGAAACCAUUGGAUCCUCCAGAAAGACCAAAAACCAGUCAUUACCAAAUGGGUUCGUUGAGUGAUGAGAAUUUUCAGACAUGGACUUUGUCUGGAGAAUCAUGUCCUGAAGGAACAAUCCCAAUCAGAAGAACAAGAGAAGAAGACAUGUUAAGAGCCAGCUCGGUUCGCAGAUUUGGAAGAAAAAUCAGAGGCCGUGUGAGGAGGGACUCAAAUAGUAAUGGCCAUGAGCAUGCAGUUGGAUUUGUGAGUGGUGAUAAGUAUUACGGAGCAAAAGCAAGCAUAAACGUGUGGGCUCCACGUGUGACGAAUCAAUAUGAAUUCAGUUUGUCUCAAAUUUGGGUCAUUUCUGGUUCAUUUGGGCAAGAUCUCAACACCAUUGAAGCUGGCUGGCAGGUCAGCCCUGAGCUAUAUGGCGACAGCUACCCCAGAUUCUUUACUUAUUGGACUAGUGAUGCUUAUCAAGCAACUGGGUGUUACAAUUUAUUGUGCUCUGGCUUUGUUCAAACUAACAAUAGAAUUGCAAUUGGGGCUGCCAUUUCACCUACUUCUUCUUACAAGGGCGGACAAUUUGAUAUUAGCUUGCUUAUUUGGAAGGAUCCGAAGCACGGGAAUUGGUGGUUGGAAUUCGGGUCGGGCAUCCUAGUCGGGUACUGGCCGGCGAUGCUGUUCACGCACCUGAGGCAACAUGCAAGCAUGGUUCAAUUCGGAGGAGAAAUAGUGAACUCGAGAGAGUCGGGUACCCACACAAUGACCCAAAUGGGAAGCGGGCAUUUUGCGGAAGAAGGAUUCGGAAGAGCCUCUUACUUUCGAAACUUGCAAGUCGUUGAUUGGGACAAUAACUUGAUUCCUUUGUCCAAUCUUCGGGUCCUUGCGGACCACCCGAAUUGCUAUGAUAUCCAAGGCGGUAUUAAUCGUGUGUGGGGCAACUAUUUUUACUACGGUGGACCCGGCAGAAACGUCAAGUGUCCCUGAUUAGUGAUAAAUUACAAACCCCCCGAGGGGGGAAUUUAUUUUUGGGCAUUCUUGGGCAAGCUUCUCAGGCUGAUUAUUUAAUAAUAUUAAUUCUUGUUAUAUUAGUAUUUUUUUUUUAGGAUUUUGCAUUUUGACUAACCAGUCAUCCAUUGCUUAUAGACACUUGUGUAAAUCUCAAACAAGUUGAAUACUAAAUAUAAUAUCCUCAUUUGUAUC